UGUACCUAAUCCACUUCCGUUUAUCUUUUUCCACUAUUCCAUCCAGUUAGAAAGGUCCAUUUUUGCUCAGGUGUUUGAUGAAGUACAUUGCUAUUUCCCAUUUGCUUUUUCCUAUUUAACUCUCUCCUUUUUCCUCACCGAUUUCCAAGCUGUUGUAGCACUGAAAGCAGGCAUUUCAUAAGCCAGGAAAAGGGGCAGAUGAAGCAGCCAGAGUCACCAGCUGCUGCUGAAUUAGCACCAGGAGAUGGACCUUCUCCUCCAAGGGAAGCGUCCCGAGCCCGGGAAGUGAAGAGAGGCAUUGCAAUUCUAGACCUCUUUUCCAGGUUCCUUGCUGCUGCUGGGACAUUAGGGAGUGCCAUAGCCAUGGGGACUACCAAUGAAACAGUAACAGUAGCAGCUUUCUCUCAGGUUUUCCAGUUCAACACCAACUAUAAGGAUCUCCCUGUGUUCACGUUCUUUGUGAUAGCCAACUCUGUUGUGGGUGGCUACCUUGUCCUUUCAUUCGCCAUAUCAGUCUUUCACAUCAUCAGAAGCUCAGCUAAAACCAGCAGGAUCAUCUUGGUUAGCUUAGACACGGUUAUGCUGUCGAUUCUCACAGCGGGGGCUUCAUCAGCAGCAGCAAUGGUUUACUUGGCACACAAGGGGAAUUCCAAUGCUAAUUGGUCUGCAAUUUGCCAGCAGUUCACUAACUUCUGCCACCGCAUUUCUGGAUCCCUCAUAGGCUCUUUUGUCGCCAUAAUCUUGUUCAUCGUCAUCAUAAUUGCUUCUUCUGUGGCUCUCUCUCGACGUUAACGAGUACUUUAGCCUGAUCAAAUCAUGUUGUCUUGCUGAUUUCGGAGCCAGAGAGAGAGAGAGAGAGAGAGAGAGAGCUCAUAUAAUAUAUAGAUGAAGCAUAGUUCAUAGCAGGCCUUGUUUUUACAUAUAUGAAGUUAUGAACAUGAGUUUCAUCAA